ACGGUAGGAGUCUGUAUGUAGUAGUGCGCAGCGCGCCACCCGCAUAGAACGCAUUCGUAUUCGUUUACGAACAGUGUUAUAAUUUUAGGAAGAAUAUAGGAAUACAAGGGACGCGAACUUCAAUUAGAGUGAAUUUCGGUGAACCACGCGGGAUAAGGGCGGCAGUUAAAGGUUCGAGAAGCGAGAAGCGGUCGCGUCGGAAGUAUAGACGGUCGGCCAGGUAAAGGGGGCCACGUAUCGAGGUCACCGGUGAUUAGAAGACGAGAGACCCCCAGCCGGAGUCCUCGUCAUUUCCUAACGAUUAACGACUGUUAACUCUAGUCGUCCUGCCGCGAUUUCGAUCAGCGUAGAUCGCUCUGGUCGAAAACGGAACUGUUUCUUCGAAGGAUCCCCCUCGAUCUCCGUUGAAUCACCGUUGAGUGUCUCGUAGUUUCAAUCCCUCUCUCUCGCUCUCUUCGUCUUUCCUGGACUCCAUCCACUCUUUCGGGCAGCAGUUCUUUCGGUGAAACAAGUGAAGUCUGUACCAGGAUGCAGGCCAUAAAAUGCGUCGUCGUUGGUGACGGAGCCGUGGGUAAGACAUGUUUGUUGAUAAGCUACACGACAAACGCUUUCCCCGGCGAAUACAUACCAACCGUGUUCGACAACUAUUCCGCCAAUGUGAUGGUUGACGGGAAGCCGAUAAACCUGGGAUUAUGGGACACGGCGGGCCAAGAAGAUUACGAUAGGCUGCGUCCGCUCUCUUAUCCACAAACAGACGUCUUCUUGAUCUGUUUCUCCUUGGUGAAUCCAGCCAGCUUCGAGAAUGUGCGUGCCAAGUGGUAUCCAGAGGUGCGUCAUCACUGUCCGGCUACUCCUAUCAUCCUUGUAGGCACCAAGCUAGAUCUGCGUGAGGAUAAAGAGACCAUCGAACGGCUUAAGGAUAAGAAACUUGCACCCAUCACUUAUCCACAGGGUCUGUCCAUGGCGAAAGAGAUUGGAGCAGUGAAGUACCUGGAGUGCUCGGCGCUUACUCAGAAGGGUUUGAAAACCGUCUUCGACGAAGCCAUCCGAGCGGUACUCUGCCCCGUCCUCCAGGUGAAGCCAAAACGCAGAUGCUUCCUUCUAUAAUAUUAAAUUCAUCCAGUCGCUCGGAGAUCGAGAGAGAGAGAGAGGGUGAGGAAGGAAGGAAGAGAAAUUGGCGCCUGGUCUCGCCUCCUCCGUCGUAUCUGCCACAACAAGCGCACAAAUCUUGUCUUACAACAACCAACGGGGCGGAGGAGAAGGAGUAAAAAGGCGGACAGAGCUGUGUGUGGUGUACAAAAGAGAAAGAAGUCGUUUUCCUGCCGUAUUCACAGUUUCUACAAUCACGGAACUUAACGCUUCAGCUUGAUUUCGUUGUAAUUUCGUUAACCGGAGGAAGCCUCUUGAACCAAUCUGCUUCUUCUUCACUUUUAACCGUACACGUAAUAAUAAUCGUUGUAAAGUAAGUUUUAGAUGAAAGAGAGAGAGAGAGAGAAUGGGGAAACGCACAAAGGAGCGAGUGUGUGCGCGCGCGCGUGCGAGUAUAAACAAUUGUACAUAAACGAUAAAAGAAAGAAAAAAAUUGUAAUUGUAUUCCUAUCUAAUAUAGAUAUAAUCGUGCAAGCCUGGAUCUAAAAAAAAGAUGAGUAAGGACGUUGAUUGUUUUUUAUAUAUAUAUAAUUAUAAAUAUAUAUUAAAGGGUGGAGCUCUCCCCUGAAUAUUAAGAGAUAAUUAAUUACAAUUAAUAAUAGAGAUACCUGUAACUAAAUAUUGCUUUAUUAAAUGGGUGUUUAUUAAA